CGUGACGUCGAGGAGAAGAAACCCUGAAAGUGUUGACACCUGUUUGACGAAAUUCGGGAUUUACCUUCAAGUUUUGUACCCAGGGCCCAAAUAUGGGUUCUGGUGCCAGUAAAACCCAGAAUGUCGGCUUCCCCAUGAGUCCGAGAGCGGAAUUUGCCGAGAAACACGCACCGAAAGGAGAACAGGCUUUGAUGAUAGAUACACCAGCGCUGAUAGAUCUAGGGCAUGGUACAGUGAGAUACAGAAGAGAAGAUAAUCCAUCUAUCCAACCAGAUAAAUUAAGAGCUGGAUACUUUUAUCACCCACGACUAGAUGACUACAGUGAAGAGGCUAGAAAACGAGCCGAGGACAAUUUCAAAUAUCGAUACGUCUACAAAGGUCCCAAGAGAGCCAAUGAUAAAAGACUGUUCUAUGUGUAUGGUGUUGGUUUGAAGUCAAAAGACCAAGCUAAGAUGGUUAAAAAGCCAUACUACAGACCCAAGGGGCACGGAUACAUAUGGCCAAGUUCAUUCAGAAAAUCAAACCAUGUAUACUGUGAACUCUGUUUUGUUAAACAAGAAGCGGAAUUGUCUGACUCGGAAAGUGAAGGAGAAGAUUUAACUGAUAUUGAAGAGUCUGGAACCAAGACUGUUGAUAAUAUGAGAUUUAGUAUGAAAGAUGUUGACACUGUGGAGAGUCUAAAAAGAAGAAUUUCAGUGCGCCUUCUGAUUGCUGUAUCCAAUAUACAUAUCAGUUAUAAUGAACUUGAACUCAGCAAUGAUGAGAUAAUUGGUAACUAUAGAAACAAAGAAUUAGGAACUUUUAAGAAAUUCACAAUAGAACUACAAACUGUAUAGAAAAGCUGUCUCAUAGACUUCUCACAAUUGUGGUUGUCCAUAUUUCAAAACCUGUGAAGAAUUCAAUUUAUGUGUACGAAUUAUGUGCUCUCAUUAUGUAUGAUAAACAGUUCACUCAGAUUGAUAUAACCAAAUUAGGAAAAGUAUUCUGUCAAUUAUAGAUGUAUUAAUCACUUCUUAAAUGUAAAAUUAUCGGAUAACAGUUUAGGCUCAGAAAACGUAUUAUAUUUGUUUUGGGUCAUUUUGUGUCAGGUGAAAAUAUGCACAUCACUGCUUUUGUGUAUGCUUUUGUCUGAAUUUGGG